AGGAUACCAAAAAGAAAGUCACAUAUGUCAUUGACAUGGAGUCAUCCAAGCUUCUUAGGUUGUCAAAUUACUACGUGAAUACUGAGGCGACAGUAAACGACAUAGCCAUCAACUCAGUAUCAGAAGAAAAGAAGGUCGAGCCCUUAUCGCCAGUGUACGCCCAACAACCCAACGAACAUCAACUUCAACCUGCUAGCCACGAAGGGUCCAGCGUGCAGAUCAGUGGAAUCACUCUCGGGGCUGAUACCAGGCAUCCUGCACAGCCCGUAGCUCCGGCCACUACGGAGAAUACACCCUUCAAACCACCAAGAGCGGGAGGAAUGUUUGCCAGGCUUAUCGAUGACAUUUUCCAGAUCCCGAUCAAUGUACUUCAGAAUGUGGCUCGACUCAUCACCAGCCCAUUUACCAGCAGGCCCAAGAGUCCAGAGGUUGUCGCUCAUGUUUCCUAAGCUUUCAGCUUAGGACUAACAUUGUUUUUGUACAUAGCCCCAUGUUUUCAAGAAAGUUUUAUAUAUUUGUUAAAUUAUUUUUACAUAUCCCGUGUGAAUCUUUUUUUAUUUUUUACUGUAUUAGUUUGUAGUUGCCUUAUACCGUAAUAGAUAGUUUAUAAGUAAAA